UAAAGCAACGAUAUUUCCGAACGAAACUAUAUAAUACAUACCUAUAUAGUUACUAAAGCGGAUUCCGAAACAAAAUAUCGGAUUUUGUACCUACAUUUCGGUAGAAUAUUCCGGGAAAAACGAAACGGAUUUAUUUUUCUAUCUAUAAAUGAAUGAAACGCUUCCUCUGAACUUUUCCUAUAAUGGAAUUAAUUUUUGUUCUACUUUUCUCUCGGCUAACAAUGAAAAACAGCAACCUUGAAAAAAUAAUCGUCAUUUACACUUUUUCAAAUUCCAAUUCGUAAUCAGAAAAUAAAAAAAAAAUAAAAUAAACCGGAAAAAUUACACAAGCAUUAGAAAAUAUUGACAUUAUCAAGGAAAUUGUUAUCAGUUCCAAGAAAAACCGCACGGUAAUAGCAAAAGUUUACGUCGAGUUGUUUUUCUAAUCAUUCCGAAACGUGAAGGUUUGUAUUUUAGAAGUGACCCCUCUAAAUUAGUUAUUAUCUGUUCAAUAAUCUAUCGCUCCAAACUUUAUCGGUUUGGUGGGGCAAAGAUUGUAAUGAGAUAAGUUUAAUAAUAGUUGAUCACAUGUUUAUCUAACAAGUAAUAUUUACUUGUUCGUGUAUGUGUUUAAUUUUGUUCAUGAUCUGUUCGGUUGAAACCGCGACAUUUUGUAUAAUAUCCCUUUGUGACGCCGUUUGUAAAAAUAAUGAAUUGGAGUAAAUACUACUUGACGGUCGUGUCAAAGCUAUUCAAAAUGAAAAAGAAACGUUCUACUCCAGGAAAAGGGAACGAAGAAAAUGGACAAGGGAAAAACAACAGUAAUGCUGAUUUGCUUAAUUGUAAUGGGGAUCCCCCGCCUUCGCUUGAGGAAAUAAGGAGUUGGGGGAGAUCAUUCGAUAAAUUAAUGAAAAGCGCAGCUGGCCGUAAAGUGUUCCGGGAUUUUCUCCGCUGUGAAUAUUCAGAAGAAAAUAUACUAUUUUGGCAAGCAUGUGAAGAUCUAAAAAAAGAAAACAAUCCCGAAGUUAUCGAAGAAAAAGCCCGUAUUAUUUAUGAAGACUACAUUUCAAUAUUGUCUCCGAAAGAGGUGUCAUUGGACUCACGUGUUCGAGAAAUUAUAAAUCGCAAUAUGGUAGGGCCUACCCCCCACACGUUCGACGAGGCUCAGCUACAAAUUUACACACUGAUGCAUCGAGAUAGUUAUCCCCGUUUCGUGAAUUCGAUUCUGUACAAGAAUUUGGCUCAGCAAACAGGACCGGACUCAGGUCGGGCGACGGGGGAUCAGCAGCAACAGCAGCAGCAGCAGCAACAACAACAAUCACAGUCAAAGCCGGAAGUGUCCCACGGCUAAGAAGAAGGUUCAAUGUCAGCAUCCCCUAUCGUCGGCCUAAUUGACCCCUUGCGCCUGUCAUAUUUCGUAACCCCAACGCACAAUGCAUUUUCAUCGCUGUUUAUAAUACAAUAUCUAUAUUAUAAAAAAAAUGGAUGUGCUUAACAAAGAAAGAGGCGCAAUGACAUGACAAUAACGCGAGAGAAAAAGUAAAUUAAAAUCAGAAAGAAAUUUUCGUGCGCGCCGAACGAAGUUGUUCACAUCAUUCCUUGUUCCUUACCAAAGAAAAAAAAAACCAGUUCAAGACCACGAACUAUGUGAUCAUGUUUAAUUCGUUAUUUUGUUACUUCGUGAAUAUUGCGUUAUUACUGUAAUAUAUUAUACUGUACUAUUAUUAAUAUUACUACUAUUUACUACUACUACUACUACUACUACUACUACUACUACUACUACUACAAUUACUAUAACUACUAUUACUUAACUACACAAUCAAUAACUUUUUUCCGUAAUGAGAGACCUGCUCGCUCACUUGACUCUAGUGUCUGUGUUUACAAAAGAAUAAAGACGAAAUAAUGGUCUUCAUUUCUCACUAAUAAACUAGGUUAGAAGACGAGAUAAGUUAAAUAAGGGCUACAUGUUUUAUUAGACAUAGCACCCUCUUGCCAUUGGUCCCUUCGUGGGCCCUUCGACCCACCAAACAAUAUGACGAUGUGAUAUAUACUAAUCUUUACGUUAGCGAUUCGACCACACCGCGACAGCACAACACAAACACUUUUCAGAAAAAAGAAAUUAUGAAAAAUACGUUAACAUAUUAUAAUACACAACACAACACAACACACUAAAAAAAUGAUGCCGCACACGAGAAAAAGUACCAGUGUAUUCGUACAACAUUCACACAUUUCAUGCCAAUCACAUUUAACCAUAAAAACAUCCCUAAAGUACCUAUUACAAACCCUACAUUCUAUGCGCACUGACCUAAUAUGUACCCCGUUAACAUAGUACACUAAUAAUCGACACACUGUGAAAUACUAUAAAUAAAUAUCAAAUAUACGUUUCUUGUCUUAAUUUAUAAACUUA